UAGACAGACCGGCUGACGCUAGCGGCAUCGUUAUAUGUAUAUACAGAGAAGAAGAAGGAAGGGGGAAGGGCGUGCUGCGUGGAGGGUGAACAUGGCUGCACAGAACCCUAGCGCAGAACCAGAAGAAAGUGGAGGAGAAGGAGGCGGAGAGGAAGACCUGACGCUAGUUGAGAUCCUCGAGGACUCCGUCCCCAUCGACAUCGCGAAGCAUAUGAGGUUCGUGCGUCACCAUAGCUGCGGUGCUAUUGCCACCUUCGCCGGAACCACCCGUUCGACGUUCGCCGGCAAGGCCGUCCUCCGCCUCAUCUACGAGGCCUACGCCCCGAUGGCCGUCAAGCGUCUCCUGUCCAUCGCCUCUGCCUCCCGGUCCCGCUGGCCCGUCCGAUCUGUAUCCAUCGCCCACCGCCUCGGGACCGUCGCCGUCGGCGAGGAGAGCGUCUUCAUCGCCGUCUCCUCCGUGCAUCGCGACGCCUCCCUCGCAGCCGUCCGAUUCAUCAUCGACGAGAUUAAGGCGUCGGUUCCGAUCUGGAAGAAGGAGGUCUUCGUGGAUGGCGAGGUGUGGAAGGAGAACUCGGAGUUCUUCCGGUUCCGGGAAACGGCCGGCGAGGGGCAGAUAGGGUCUGACGACGGAAAGGACAAGUCAGUAAAUAGCGAUAAGAGCCGGGGAUGUAGCUGCCACACCAAGGUAAAAGUCACAGAGUACAGUUAAGGCAAAGUAAGUGGGGGACUGUUCGGCUCUUUUUUUUGUACUGGAUGACUUGAAUAUCCUCGUUUAUGCUAAAGUUUGCAAAAUGUUCGGACUCCGA